CGCAUUAAAAACGGAAGAAUUACAAUAUUUCUAGUUUAUUACAUUCAUAAAGAAUGGUAAAGGAAUACAAUUCUUUGGAGAUCGCGGACCCACAUACAAAACAAUUCAUUAGUUCCGUUGUCGACCGUUUGGUCCCGUAAAAUGUGUUGCAUUCAUUUAUCCCUGCUUCAUUUACGGCGACUCCUGGACUCCCGGGAGGUAAAGAUCUGACAGGGCUUAGAAUAAGCUGUAUACAAUCAGAGCCCCGCGUGCCACACUGUGACUCGACCAGGAAGUCAAUCAAAUCCAAAAUCGGAUGAGAAAAACAAAUCCUUACACGGAUCCAGCAGCAGGGGCCUUAUUAGGGCAAUUUUCAUUUCUACCCGUCGACAUAACAGGUGCCCCAUCACCUCCCGAUACCAUUAUCCGUGCAGUCAUCAUAUUACUGUCGGGGUGGAAUGAACUGGGGUCUGUUGUCCAUUUGACGAACAUAUUUGCCUCCGAGUUGUCCUAUCGAUCCGGAGUUUUCAAUCAUUCCUGGGCUCAGUUAAGCUAGCUGUAGGGCGCCGCAGACACCGAAGCUUUCGCUGGAUUAUCGCUGGAUUAUCGGCGGAUUUAACAAGAACACUCCCCGCACGAGACUGGCCAGUGGCUAGAAUAUGGCCAACAGAACUAAUCAGACGACAGUUUUGCCAUCAUCCAUCGACACAACACCUUCUAAUGAGUCCCCGACCACCAUCUUCUGGACGACCACACUUCAUCUUCUGACAUCGUCUGCUCCCAAUGUUACAAAUUCGUCUGCCAGUAACGUCAUUCCAAAUAUCACGGUGCUGAAAAGGCAGUUUUGUACGGAACCUGCAUACCUUGAGUUUCCACCAGAUGCCUUCAACAAUGAACAAAGACAACAUGGCGGCCUCGUUCUACAUCUCAUCAUGGUCAUCUAUAUGUUUAUUGCACUUGCUAUUGUAUGUGACGAAUACUUCGUUACCUCUCUCGAUAAAAUUAGUGCGAAACUAGGACUUAGUGAGGACGUGGCAGGGGCUACAUUUAUGGCUGCCGGAAGUUCCGCUCCCGAGCUAUGUACAGCUAUUAUCGGAGUAUUUAUUACAAAAGGCGACGUGGGAGUAGGGACGAUCGUUGGAUCUGCAGUGUUUAAUAUCCUCGUUGUGAUCGGGCUGUGCGGGAUACUGGCUGGAGAGGUGGUGGCACUGACCUGGUGGUCGUUUACACGUGACGCUGUCUACUACUCCUUCUCAGUCGUGGUACUAGUUCUGGUAGUCCAAGACGGAAAGGUGACUUGGUACGAGUCCCUUCUGAUGCUGAUUUUCUAUGGAGGAUACAUUCUUGUCAUGAAAUUUGACGUUCCGAUCCAUGCGUGGGUGUCGGAGAAAGUCGAUAAAAUUAUCUCCUCAAAUAUCUUCCCCGUCAAUGGCGUCAAAACGUUCAGUAAAGACUACGAGGUGUUCGAAGAUGAUGACGAUGUAUUUAUCACAGUGGACCACAAGUCUGCAAAGAACUCCGAGCCCGAUCUCCCAGCUGACGAAUAUGCAAAAUCAACCAAAAUCAAACCAAAGUUCUGUGAUUUUAUCUUUCGACUGAUGAUGAUGAAACGUUUCAGACCCAAAACGAGAUUUCGCGCCGCGGCUUUCCUCAUUAUAUCAUACCGGAGACGCAUGCUUACCGAUACUCACCUGCAAAAGCGACAGCAAUUCCGGAAAAUGGCCCAGAAGUCUAGUGUUUUGUCUUACACCAGAUCUAUAAGAGGUUGGUUUAAUCUGACCAUGGAAGGAGAGAACUUGGAUGGAUGGAAAACCCCACCAAAGAUGGAGGAGGGAAUUCUGAAGCUUGCCAGAUGGGGCGCCAUCUAUCCACUGAGGUUCAUGUUAUAUUACACUGUUCCUGACUGUCGGAAGGAGAGGUGGGAGAAUUGGUUUAUGGCCACAUUCGUGUGUUCCGUGCUGUGGAUUGUUAUAUACUCCUACGUCAUGGUUUGGAUGGUGACGCUGAUUGGGUACACGCUAAGUAUACCUGACAGCGUGAUGGGGAUAACGUUUCUGGCGGCCGGGACCAGUAUACCGGACGCCAUGGCCAGUGUCUUCGUUGCCAAACAAGGUAUGGGGGAUAUGGCUGUCUCCAAUUCUCUUGGAAGCAACGUCUUUGACAUUUUGUUAGGACUAUCGUUACCAUGGUUUCUGAAAACUGGUGUUGCAUAUGCUGGUACUACAGUACAUAUAAACAGCAAUGGAAUGGUGUUCUCAAUACUUCUUUUAUUCCUUACAGUUAUUAUUCUAGUUGCAGCUUUGAAGUAUACCCGCUGGAGGCUGACUCGCCGCCUAGGCUUCUUCUGUCUUCUGGUGUAUGCAGUUUACAUUUUGAUUUCUGUCAUGAUCGAGUGCAAUGUGUUCGGGUUCGUGAAUCCGCCGAUGUGUAAAUAGCACUAGGAGAUAUUAGAACAUUUUUACAAUUGAAUUGACAUUUUGACUAUUUACAAAUCUUGCUUUAUCAUGCUGGUUUUUUAAAAAUAUAUAUAUGUUCAUUGUAUUAUUGUUUUAUUAAAUUAUUGUGGAAUAAAAGUGGUG